GUGUGAGUGCAUCCACACACACCCACUCGUGGACCAUGUGUUGUUGUUGGUGUGCUGCAGACUGAAGUUGGACUGAAUGGGAGGCAGACGAAAGGAAAGGACACCAGAACACGACUGACCAAACCUCCAUCUCUUCUCACUGCUCCCCGGAACUGAGCAGCAGCUCCGCGGGCACCUCCGCUCCGACACCCCGCUGCUGCCGAAAACAUGUCUGACGAACGACCAGAGGCGUCAACGGGGAGGAAAGCAGCCCUGAGUGAAAACACACUCUUCGGGAUGGGAAAUCCCUUGCUUGACAUUUCAGCUGUGGUGGACAAGGAUUUCCUUGACAAGUAUGGCCUGCAGCCUAAUGGUGUGAUCCUCGCUGAAGACAAACACAAAGAGCUGUUUGACGAACUCGUGCAGAGGAACAAAGUGGAGUACCAUGCCGGUGGUUCCACCCAGAACUCAGUGAAAAUUGCUCAGUGGAUGCUCCAGAAACCCCACAAGGUGGCUACCUUCUUCGGUUGCAUCGGCACCGACCGCUUUGGGGAGAUCCUGAAGAAAAAGGCAGAUGAAGCCCACGUUGAUGCCCAUUACUACCAACAAAACGAGGAGCCAACUGGUACCUGUGCAGCCUGCAUCACCGGGGACAACAGGUCCCUUGUUGCUAACCUGGCAGCGGCAAACUGCUACAAAAAGGAAAAACACCUGGACUUGGACAGCAACUGGGAGCUGGUGGAGAAAGCCAAGGUCUAUUAUAUUGCGGGGUUUUUCCUGACUGUGUCCCCGGAGUCAAUCUUCAAAGUGGCGAAGCACGCUUCAGAUAACAACAAAAUCUUUGGCCUGAACCUGUCAGCGCCUUUCAUCAGCCAGUUCUUUAAGGAGCCUCUCAUGAAGGUCAUGCCUUACGUCGACAUCUUGUUUGGCAAUGAGACGGAGGCGGCCACAUUUGCCAAAGAGCUGGGCUUUGGGACAGAUGACAUUGCAGAGAUCGCAAAGAAGACCCAAAACCUCCCCAAGGAGAACACAAAGAGGCAGCGAAUCGUGGUCUUCACUCAGGGCAAGGACGACACUGUGGCAACUGUUGGUGAGAAGGUGACCAUGUUCCCAGUUUUGGACAUCGACCAGAACGACAUCGUGGACACAAACGGAGCGGGAGACGCCUUCGUCGGAGGAUUCCUUUCUGCACUGGUCCAAGAGCACAGUUUGGAGGAGUGUAUUCGGGCCGGACACUACGCAGCCAACGUCAUCAUCAGACGGGUCGGAUGCACCUUCCCAGAGAAGCCUGACUUUCACUGAUGCGUCCUGGCGCUGCAUUUAUAUGUUUUCACUACAAACUGUAUAUGUAUGCUUCAGGAAUUUAUGUACAUUCUUUUUUAUUUACAGUGAACUAAACACUCCAGCGUGAAUAUUUUAACAAACUUCAAUAAACGAGUCAAAUGUCAGAUAUGAAAUUUGUAGCUAAACAUAUAUAUUUUAACACGUAAAGUCCUUGUAUUUGUAAUUUACAAGCAUACAAUCAAAAACAUACUAUCAUGAUUUUAAGACUUAAAAUGUAAACACAUGGGACCUUAUUCAUUCUGGCAGAUGGGUUACAAUACUACAAUACCCAUGAGCAAUGGCAGUUGUUGCCAUGGAGAAGUAGCCAAAAAAAAGGGGAGUACAAGCAGUAGUCAAAUGAAAGCACUGAGAAAGCUGGCACUUGAAUUCAUGCAGAAAUGAGCCAUGAUUUCAACAUCUUAACCUUAAGCAGCCAUUAGCGAAACACGUAACUGAAAUGUAAGGCUCUGUAAUUGGUUGUUUGCACCUGAAAUGCACUCUGGGAGUUUUAGUCAUCUUCUAUCCAUCAGUUUUUAUGUCCACAGGAUUGACAUUGUCUUCUUGCAACUCUGUUUCUUUGAAAUAUCCUGAAAUUUACCACUAAAUACCAGCUAAUUCUUAAAAAUUCUGAGUUAUACUUUAUAACACUGCUGUGAAAAUCAAUUUUUUAACAGACUUUUUCACUUUUACACCGUCUUAUUUGCAUUUCAUGAUGCUUUAACAUACCAGGUAAUGCAAAAGAUUCAUUGCAAGCUGUAUUUUAUUUACGGUAAAUCUUCAGAUCAGAAAUCUCUGUUAUUAAUUUUUCAACAACAUUGACUCCUUCUAUUGGCCAUAACUGGAGGAUUGUGGGUAAACUGAUAAUAAAGGACAAUAAAGCAAAGAGGCAAUUGUAAUAACAUAAA